AUGAAAUGUGGAAAAUACAACAUUCUAUAUGACAGCCACAAUUAUAAUGAGUUCAAGGAGGCUGGCGCCAUAGAUACACUAAUGCAACAGGAUGCAUUGCCACAACAAGCAGAUACAAAGCAAGGCGAUCUAAGCCUGACACAUGAGGCAUCCGUUGUGCUAUUGGGUACCAAGUAUCCAAAGCCUAGACCAAGGCUUACAUUCAGCUUUAUUGCAACAGCAGAAGCAAAUGUAGUCAAGCUUUUCUUUAUUACAAUCACGCAUGCUAUGCGAAACGGAAUAUAUUAUGGAUAUGAUUCUUCUAGUGGCUGUGUAGUUGUAUCUAUAGCAAAGCUGUGCCCAGGAAGAAGAUACCAGAUGUACGGAAGGCUUAAGGGAAACAAGACUCGCCUCCAUUGCAUCUGGGCACGGAAGAUUUGCUACAGAAGCAUGUGCCAUCAAAUAUUCUGA